GGCAUUGCUCAUUGGAGGCGGUGGAUCGGGUAUUAAGAUGGAUGACGAUACGCUUGUGUUUCCCUUGGAAGCAGUGAAGGAGCACGGCACUGAAAGUGAAGCAAAGGAAGAAAAGAAUAACAACGUUUCGCUGAUCUUGUACUCCUCGUAUACUAAGAAUUGGACGCUGUCGAAGGGGAUGUCUGCCUAUGGCUGCAGUGAUCCCUCCGUCGUGGAGUGGGAGAAGGGAAAACUCAUGAUGAUGACUGCGUGUGAUGAUGGCCGCCGCAGGGUGUACGAGUCCGGUGACAAGGGGGCGUCGUGGACGGAGGCCCUCGGGACACUCUCGCGCGUGUGGGGCAACAACCAAAAGCGACAUGAGUGGGGCGUUAGAAGCGGGUUCAUCACAGCGAAUAUCGACGGUGUAGAAAAUGAUAAGAGGAAUGUGAUGCUCGUUACUCUGCCGGUGUUUUCCAAGAAGGCUGAUACAGGAGGCCGUGGAAAAGAAAAGGGCGAACUCCAUCUUUGGCUGACGGACAACACUCACAUUGUUGAUAUUGGGCCGGUAUCCGAGAAGGACGAAGACGUCACCGCCAGCUCCCUGUUGUACAAAGGUGGAACUAAUAAGAAUAAUAAUAAGAAUGAUGAGUUGAUUGCACUGUACGAGAAGAAGGACGAUGGGGAAUCAUCACUCGGUAUGGUCUCUGUGCGUCUGACUGAGCAGCUGAAGCGGGUGAAGGAGGUGCUGACGACCUGGAAGGAAGUGGACAAACGUCUCUCCAAGCUGUGCCUCUCAAGUGCUGAGGAUCGUCCAACUAGCACUCCCUGCUGCGCUACUGAUAAGAUCACGGCUGGGCUGGUUGGUUUUUUGUCCGGCAAUUUCUCUGAUAAGACAUGGAGGGACGAGUACCUCGGAGUGAACGCCACAGUAAAGAAAGGAACGAGUGGAGGGGCAACAUUGCAUGGCGGCGGUGUGAAGUUCCAGGGAGCGUGGGCGGAGUGGCCCGUUGGCAGGCAGGGGGAGAAUCAGCUGUACCACUUUGCGAACUACAACUUCACUCUUGUGGCGACGGUGUCCAUCCACGGUGAGCCGAAGAGUGACAGCGUCCCUUUGAUGGGUGUGCGUGCAGGCAGUAACGGAGGAACGAAACUUAUGGAGUUGUCGUACGGCAGCGGAAAGAAGUGGCAGGCGCUGUGCUGUGACGGAACAACCGCGGAGCACGGCAGCACUUGGGAUCCAGAGACAACACACCAGGUGGCCAUUGUGCUACAGAACGGCACCCAGGGCUCCGUGUACGUCGAUGGUCAGCGUGUGUGUGAGAGUGUGCAAAGUAACUUUGAAAACACGGAAUCGAAAGGGGAUCUCACACUUCUACAUUUGGAGGGGAUGGAGGCCAUGCAGAGA